AAUACAGCACAAGCUGCAGACGACUGUAACUAGGAUAGAUAGGCAUGUAAGGUUUUGGGUUUCUUACGUGAUUAAAUUCUCAGCUGUUGUACCCUUGAUGAUAGGGCUUCGGGGUAAUCUUUAAUGCCUGCCUGCCCCGCACCGUUAUCUUUAAGACCACCAACACCCAUCUAUAACGGCAGCCGCUGUCUGGGACAAAAUAAGCCUUACUACAACUCCGACGAUCUCAACACUACCACCAGUCAAAGCAAAGCGCUGCGAAACAAGCGUGUCUAACUUGUAAUAUGGAUCAUUUUCCGAUACUUUCCUCCACGCAGAAGCCGUGGCCAGACUUCCCGGCGCUGACCUUGGAGGAUUACGAUGCCGCUCAGCUGCCGUUGAUUGUCCAACCAAAGGAUGACGCACGGUAUCGUCUUUCAGAGAAAGAUUUUGAUGAUUUUCCCUUCUUCUGGCUGGAAGAUCAACGUCUACAUAUAGGCAAUGAGUUCAACGAGUGGAAAGACCAUCUUAUGGAUCCUAAUGAAACACUGACACCUCUAGCAGAGAAGCUAAUGCUGAAGCUUAAACUUGGGUCUCGCAAGCAGGAAAGGUGUAGAUCCAUCGAUGAGGAUCGACUUUGGUCUGCUAAGAAGCAUGUCUACGAUUUUUCCAACUAUCCUGACUUGGAAGCUGCAAUCUUUGUCCAGAACAAGUAUUAUUUUGGAGCCAUCAAUGAGGUGCUGGCCUUUGAUAAGCCAAUACCGACUUUGGAGUUCGUAAUAGAGCGAGCUGAUGGGGAAUGGGUCCUAUGUACGACGAAGUUGAAUGACUAUAUAUCGAGCUGGGCAGGCCAUUUGAACAGUCUUGGAGAAGCUGAGCGGACUCAGCGCCUCAGUAAAACAAAGGGGUUCCUCGAACAUAUGUUGAAGAGGCGCUGGCACAGGGACAGACAUCAUCUCCUUCGGGUUUCCGCAUCGGUGCAGAUUCUGGCACGUACGAUACAAGCAGCCAUGAUUUGGUAUUGGAAAAUAUACAUGAAUGCCACUGAACGGCUAGGCGAUCACGACGAGUGUUUGGAAAUUUCCGGCUGGUGCAAGUCGAUGGCACCGAAAUCAUUUCACUAUCUUACCCCAUUGACCCCGUACUAUGCCUCUGCGAUUGAUUCGCACUUGGACAGACACCACAAUCACACGAAAUGCACGGGUAAAAUAUGUGAAACGUUUACUAUCGAAGACGAAAGCACCUAUCGGACAAAACAUACACCAGAAUGCGACGGCACCUGUGGCGACGUCGAAAUAGACUCACAGAGCUUACACGAUCUGAUCAUGCAAGGGAAAAUACCAAUUGUUUCCCUAUCACUUGGGCCUGAUGGCAAGCUGAACACCGAAGUGACACAUUCUGGCAAUGUUCCCCAUUAUAUAGCCAUCUCUCAUGUAUGGUCUGAUGGGCUGGGAAACCCACAUGGAAACGCCUUGCCACACUGCGAACUCCUGAAAAUAUUUCGCAUGCUUGAGGAAUGGCCUCUGAAGCACGCGAAGCCCGAUUGGAUGAACAGCUUUCUUAAUCCAAUGGACAUGGCCAAAAAACGAAUGGAAUCCACGGGAGUAGACCCUCUGGCACUACAGAAAGUGAAGGAGGUACGGGAAGUUAUGGAGUCUAUGGCUGAAGAGCAUGUAGACAAGUGGCUCGACACUCUAAAAGCUAGCGGUCAAUAUCAAAAGGUAAAUCUAUGGAUGGAUACAAUAUGCAUACCGCAUAAUAAGGAGUCUCGCAAGAUCGCCAUCACUCAAAUCAACGAUGUCUACUCCGGCUCGUUCUACACCAUCGCCUUGGACGCCGGACUAGAGAGCUUACCGAACACCGCGUCAAGUACGGAGAUUUUCCUGCGCCUGGAACUGUCGUCAUGGAAAGGCCGAUGCUGGACCUUUCUCGAGCGCGAAAGAAGCACCUACCAUCUACGGAUCAAGGUAGGGAAUCGUCUGGUAGACAUAGUCGAAUCCUUUGAGUUCGACGAGCUUGACGGGCUGUAUCAAUUCACUUCAUUUUACAUAGGAAAACUCCGUUCUUUCAACAACUGGUGCAAGUUGAACGGCACUCUUAAACUAAAGGGGUUUCAGGGCUUGAACCCCAUGGGACUGUUUAGCUCUCCUGGGGAGAUCCAAGAGGACAAGCUUCUCGACCUGCUUAACGAUUUUCUCAAAGUUACGGAUGAAUCAGUAGAGUCAAUGGCCACAUGGGGAGCCACGCCGCAUGGCCAAUACGCGGAAUCCUUCUCUCUACUCAAGUGCAUCAAAGGACAGAUACAACAAAGAUUUUUCGGGACAUAUAUGGGAUUUUUGGACCAAAAGUUGAAUAUGAUUACCACAUGGAACGAGUUAGCCGCCCGAUCAACAACCCGAGCUUCUGAUAGGCUCAUAAUCUUCGUCUCUAGUCUGGAUAUGGCAAGAAACUCUGGUACUCUAAGUGAGAUAGUGCAACUAAAGAAAGAAGAGAGAAUGGAGGCCUGGAUUCGGAAGCAGAGGGUAAUUCCGCUUGAAUUUCUCUUUUUGAGGUCAUCACGUCUGCUGACCCCGGGGUUGCGGUGGGCACCAAACGAUGUGUAUCCAAAGGAGCUUGGGGGUGGAGUAACGCCACGCUCGGUGGACGAGCUAGAAUUGCGAGUCACACGACCAGGGAUUCUGUUGACACUUGAUAUGGAAUUCAAGCUAAACACGCAGCCACAUAAAUUAGAAGCAAAAGAUGCAACUGGGAAAUAUUAUGAAAUUCCAUGGGAUACAGCGACCAUAACAGACGGAAAGAUAAAGUACAGUGUCAUACGUUCCCUAGAUGUGGGCCAACCUUCUAAGCCGACAUUGAAAUUUCCUAAAGGGGACAGGAUAGGGCUUAUUUUCCGCUUCGCGAUGGACCCAAAUGAUAUUAUAGCCGCCGCAAUUGUCCACGUCCACUCAGAAUCUCCCGACGAGAUACAUGUAACAUUUCACGAUACAGUUAGUAUCCGACUAGACGACGAGCUAAGCCCACAGGACCCGACGGUGGAUCCGACAAAACGGUCUAAACUGGAUAGAUUUCUACUGGGAAAAUCACCAACUAACGAGGAAAUGAAUUACUUUUGGAACUUUGAGCUAGUUGAGAAGAAAUGGGUUGUGGGUUGAUCUGUUGCAUGAUGAAUAGCUUUCUAUUUUACCACGUUCUUUUACACUCAAAUAUGAGGCU